AUGGUUGCUCAGAUCGCGAAAUUGGAAGAGUUAAGAUACAACAUUAACAUCUUGUUCACAGUUCUUUCUCCCACAUUAGUUUGCUUCGUUUACGUUAUAAAGUAUCAAACGUUCUGUAUCGUUGCUAGAAAGAUUAGAGGUCUUAUAGAGUACGUAGAGAAAGACUGGAACAUGCUCAAGGAUAAGAAAGAGGUGGAAAUCUUGGGGAGAUAUACUUAUUUCGGAAAUCUCUUCACUUUUGGUUUUACAAUACUCGCUGUCUUGGGUAUCGUGGGAAUGUGUCUCGUACCGUUCGUACCGAACGUUCUUGAUAUUCUCAUGCCGUUGAACGUCUCGCGGCAGCGACACUUACUGUUUCCGGGCAAAUUUUUCGUCGAUCACCAAAAGUAUUUCUAUGUUAUCACAUUGCACGUGGGCGUUUCAUUGUUUCUUAUAUUCAUCACGCUGGUAGGCACCGAGUCGUUGUACGUUACGCAUGUGCUGCACGCUUGCGGGAUGUUUCAAGUCGCCAGUUAUCGAUUGGAUCAAGCGUUUGACAACAAGGUGUGGCAAACGUAUCCACCCGAUAAACGGGCAAUCAUUGUUCAUAAAAAGCUAAUCGAGGCUGUGCGCAUUCACAAAAGAGCUCUCGAGUUCUCCGAGUUUUUGUGGUCCACUCUGGCCGUGUCAUAUAGCAUUCUGCUUAUGCUCGGUAUCGCAUCUCUCGUCAUCCAUCUUUUUUGCCUUUUCGAAGCAAUUUUAAUCAUAAAAGAAAUGAACGAAUUUCUAAAGUUGAGUAUGUUCAGUUUUGGUCAUGUGUUUUACUUAUUCUUAGGUAAUUAUAUUGGGCAAAUUCUGAUAGAUCAUAGCACUGGUAUUUUUCAGAAUACAUACGGUACAAAGUGGCACGACGCGCCAGUGCAAGCACAAAAAUUAUUGCCGGUCAUAAUGCAAAGAAGUACGAGAAGUUGCAAGAUGGUCGUAGGUGGCGGAUUGUAUAUUCCGUCAUUCGAAGGUUUUGCGUCGAUGGCGAAGAUAGUCACGUCGAAAUACGAUCCGAUAAUUGUGCUGAGAGUUCUGUCGUUCUGCGCGCCGAGUCUGAUCGUCACGGUGAAAUAUAUUACAUUUUUGCUGCUGCCCGCGAGUCUAAAGAAACUCAUGAAAUUGGUUGAGAAUGAUUGGAACGUGUUGAAGGACGUGAAGGAAAUCGAAAUGAUACGAAGAUACACCCACGUCGGACGACUGUGCACAAUUAUUAUUACAGUAUUUGGGUUUACAUCCGCGAUCGCUCUGCUGAUGACCGUGUUAUUUCCGGACAUUCUCGACAUCGUGGCGCCUCUGAACGCUUCGCGCCAGCACCGACUUCCCAUCGACGUUGAUUAUUUCGUCGACCAGGAGAAACACUUCAAGGUCAUAUUCUGCCACAUGUACAUAACGAUAGUCAUAUCCAUUGCAACGGUGCUGGCCACGGAAUCGCUGUACGUGGCGUACGUUCACCACGCGUGCGGAAUGUUCAAGAUCGCCAGAUGCGACACCCAAUGGUACCGCGUGCCUCUGCAGGAGCAAAAGCUGAUACUGUUGAUUCUGAAUCGAAGCAUGCAGAGCUGCAAGCUGAUCACCGGCGGCACUUUUGUUUUAUCGCUCGAAGGAUUUACCUCGCUUCUCGCCACGUCGAUAUCUUAUUUCACGGUGCUGUCGUCCGUGCAGCACUGA